UCCAGGAUAAAUACGUUUAAUAGCAUUUACUUAAAAGAUACGGUUAAAAGAUACGGCCAGGAUAAUAAAAAAAACAAUUUUAUAGUACCGAGUAGAGGUCGCUGUGAUGUUGCGCACGAUUACAAAUAUCAAACAAACAAAGUGACGCAGGUGUUAAUUCACUCAAAAAUAUGAUCGUUUAUUGUAUUAUAGUUUAAUAUUUGAUUGUGCAAAAAGUUGUGAUGUUUUCACAGCCAAAAGAAUCUCCUUCUGUGGAAGACUUUACCGAAGACGAUUCUUUGGGAUCUUCGAUAAGUUUGAGCGUAGGUGAAAACUCGAUACACAUAAAAGAAAAACCUAAAUUGGUAAAAGAACCGGAACCUCCACCUGACAGUGAAAUAAAUCUUGAAGAAAAAUGGUGGUUAAAAAGGCCAGAUACGCGUCUUGAAAUCACAAAUACUAAAGCUAUAGAAAUGAAGACGAAGAAAACACCUACACCUUCACCAGACAUAAGUUCUUCUAUGAAGGAAUUUCUGGAGAAAGAAAAAAUGUGCAAAAUCAUGCAUAAAAGCGAAGGAGAGGUUAAAGAUAAGGACGACACAUUAUGUGAUAUACUAGCUUCUGUAGCUUUCGACAAGUAUCAAUCAGAUUUUGAAAAUGCGACCGACGAAGACAUAGGUAGCAUUUUAGAAGAAAUGAGCAGAAUUGCUGGGGCUUUAAGUCCAAAUUCUGCUCCAGACAACGCAAAAUCUGGAAGUUCAAGUAAACAUCAUACGGAAGAGGAAAAGUCUGUAGAAGAAUUGCUAGAAGAGGCUGAAAAACUUGUACUGAAAAAUACUAGUAAUUUAUCAAAGAGCAUAUCAAAGUCUGAAACUUUAGUUCCUGACAAUGAUCAAGAUAAUCAGGAAGAUUUAAGUAGAGUUAGAAAAUUAGAGGAAGAUAUUUUUCAGUUGAUAAAGGAAGAAGUACAUAAGGAAUCAGAGAAGAUUAAGAAAAGUCCGAAAUAUGAAAAGAAAAGGGAUACUAGUCCUGGAAUUGAAGUGGUUUACGAGAAUGUCAAUGUUUUGCGACCUCCUAAGACAUUAGAAUUUCAAAGAAAAAAAUUUGAAGAACAGAAAGUAGAAAUAUCUAGUAGUUCUGAUUUAGAUGAUCCGAUUGAAAGACAUUCAAGAUCAGAAGAAUUAAAAAGUAUUAAAAAAAUGAGCGAAAGUAAAGAUAGUUUGCAAAAAGAAAUAACGGAUGUCGAUAAAGAUUUUUUUGAAAACCUUCUGAAAAGAUCUAAAGAAAGGUUAGAAGGUGGCAUGUCAGGUAGUUCUAGCUUUGGACAAGAAGAUUUUUCACAUUUUUUAAAAUUGUUACAAGGUCAAAGCGAUAAAAAAGAACAAGAAUUAAAAGAAACUAUUCCAAUAUAUGAUCUUUUUUUAAAAUCAACAAGAGGAGAUGGUAUUUCUAUUGUGGAGGGACAAUCAACUAUCGAUAAGAGCCCAGAAUUUCCAGAGAAAGAAAUUUCUGAAAUACUGGAGAAGGAACUACCUCAUACUCAUAUUAAAGGAACAGAGCACAAAACGGGUGAACUAGAGUUAAGGGAAUCCAAAGAAGUUCAACAGUUAGACGAUAGAAAAAUAAUUGCUGCUUCUUAUUCUACUAAACGAACGCAUGAUCAGUUUGUACUACAUAAGGUAGAUCAGACUUCUCCCAAAGUUACCGAUACGAACGAUGACAAUAAAAAAGUUGUCAAUUCCAAAAAUGAAUUGUAUACUGUGGGACUUACUCCUAGAUUAGAAUUGUUUGCAGAUGCUAUUCCUAAACUCAUUGCUGAAAAGUCUAACGAAAAUAUACAAAAAGAGAAUAAAUUAGAAAGUGAUAAGGAAUCCAUUAUAAAGGAAACUAACACAAAGAUUAAAACUAAUACAGCCAGUUCGGAAAAAACUUGUCGAGUUAAUAGCAAAGAUUCUUAUCUACGUGAUUGGCGGAAACGUGUAUCGGAUUUGCCAAAAAGUAGUCGUGUUGUUAAUGCUCCAGAUAAUAAGAAUCAGAAGAAAGAAAUUAGAUUCUGUAAAUCUAAAAGUUACGAUCAAAUCUGUAAACCACAAUUAAAGAACUCUCAAGAAAAUAUAAAAGUUCCAAAAUCUGCAGACAUUACAAGGAAAGCAAAUCCAUUAGUAGUUAAGAAAUCUCCUAUAUUGAAACCAAAAAUACAAUCCAAGCCUGUUUCAAAGUUUUUACCUAGAAGUAAAACUCUUUCACAGUCAAAGGGUGAUAUAGAAAAAGCUGGUUCCACAUUAAGUUUACCAUGUAGAUCUUCUCAAUUUAGAUCUUCACCUGAAAGUCCUAUGGCUGGUGGUGAUACAAAGCAGAACGUAAUAAAAAAAGAUUGGGAAGCCUCGUGUCGUGAAGAAAAACAUAAGAAUAUUUUAUUAAAGCAACAGUUGGAAUCUGAAGUGAAAUUAUAUAAAAGUCAAAUAGAUAAUAUGCGUUUGUCUUUUGAGGAAGAGCUCUUUGCAUUAAGAAAGGAGAAUAUCAUUUUGAAAGCAAAAAUAGAUGAACUGUCUUUAAAUGAAAAACAUGAAAAAAUUCAUUCAAAGUCGGAUGCUAAGGUUAUCGUUUUGGAACAAGAGAUAGAAAAGCUAGAAAAUGUAAUUCGUACGUAUGAAGCUGAGAAUAAAAAAUUGAUACAAGAUACAAAACGUAUGCAGGAAGAAAUAAAAAAGUUGCAGCAAAAGCAGAAAUCUAGCACAUUAGAAAUGAACGAAAUGCAACGUUUAAUAGAUCGUAUUAAAGAUUUAGAGGAAGAUGCAUUAAAAUUAAAUUUAGAAGUUUCUGAGCUUAAAGAGAAAAAUGCUGAUUGUACUUUGAAGAAUGAUGAUUUGAUACAACAAAAUGGUUUACUUAACGAUGAGUUGGAAAUGUUUAAAGAACAAUUUAGAGCAAAGAAUGACUUUAUUACAGACAGGUUACAGGCGAUGACCAAGGUAGAGGUUGAUUUGAAAAAACAAGUGGAAGAACUAAAUAUAAAAUUAAGUUCUAAAAGUGAUCAAUUACGCACAACAAAAUCAGAAUUUGAAAAACUUCAACAAAAAGUUCUACCCUUGGAGAAGGAGCUUUUAGAAUUUAGAGUUAAGGAAGGUAAUCUUCAAGAAAAAUUACAGACUGCUAAAAAUCACGUUGAACGUGAGAAGCAACUUACACAAAAGUUGAAGGAUCAAGUAAUACUUGAUAACAAAAAAAUUAUGGAUUUAACCAGACAGGUACGUGAAAUGGAACGUAUUCUUAAAAGAAAAAAUCCAGAUUCGGUAUCUGCUUUAAUAUUAACUGCUAAUUCGGAACAAGACAAAAUAGGUACUGAGAAAGUAAAACUACUUGAAGAGAGAAUAGCCGUUCUUGAAAAAGAAAUAGAAAGCAAAGAAGAUAUGUCACAGCAAAAGUUGUUCGACUUGCAGCAAAAGUUUUCUGAUAUGAAGGAAAAGUAUACUUUGCAGAUAACAGAAUUAGAAGCUAAAUUACUAGAAGCAACUGUUGCAAAUCAAAAGGUAUACAAUGAUAUGUUUACGCAAACAACUAUUAAAACCAGUGAAAGUAAAGGAGUAGAAACGUAUAAGAAAGAUGAAAGGUCUUUAUCAAUCGAUAAAGAGGAAAGAAAGGAUCAAAGAAUUGUAAAGGUUGGUCCAAAAUCACAAAAUCCAAAAGAGGAUGCUCAUCUGAUUGCAACGAUACGUGGACUUAAAUUGGAACUUUCGAAUAAAGAUAGGGCAGUUUCUAAGCUUACAAAAGAAUAUCAGGAGUUACAAAAGACUAAUAGACGAUUACAGAAAGAACGUGAGAAACUUUUAAAUGAUCGUAGGACUUUCAAAAGUGCAGAUCUUGAAAAAGCUAAUGCAAAAUUGUUGGGUUCGCGAUCUACAGAAGGUAAUGAUCAGAACUCAAACAUAUAUCAAAAUGGACAUGUAACAGAUCAGGGUUCGCGAUUAACCGCGUCUACUCAUAAAUUAUAUGAUCCAAUGCAUUAUACAGAAACUACUGACAAUGCCUUGAUAAAAAAAUUAUUGAACGAUAAUGAAAUUCUAAAGGAAGAACUGAGCAAAAUAAAUAAGGACUUCAUGGCACUGAAAAACAAGAGACUUCAUGAUUUGAAUCUUCUACAGGAAGAACAUGAACGAGAAAUGGCUACUCUUGUGAAGGAAUAUAGCAUCAAAUUUGGAGAUUCUAAAGUGGUAAAAUUACAGGGACAGGUUAAUACACAAGUAGCUGUAAUUACUCAUCUGAAGGAACAAAUUGAUAAAUUAAGGGAUUACAAGGAACAGGUGGUUGUGUUAAAGGCUGAACGAGAACAUUUAGAGAAUAAAGUGAAAACGCUAAAUGAGAAAGUUAAAUAUCUUUCUACACCGGGAACUGAGCAGUUACAAUUACUACAGGACAAAAUUACAAUUCUUCAGCAGAGGCAUGAAAGUCGCGAAAUGACCUUACAGUCUUUGGUACGUAAUUUGCUUAGAAAUCGUACGCAGUGUAAAGACUGUAAGAAUGAAAAGGGUAAAAAUCGACAGCUUUGUUACUUUCGCCAAGAACUUGAUCAUAUUCUUGCAAUGUUACAAGAAAUUGCCAAUUCUCAUUAACGCUGACACGCAUUUAAUGUGUCUUUUCAAAGUGCCCAUAAGACUGUUGUUAAUCACGUGAUUGUAACAUCACAUAAUGUCAUAUAUGUGGUGCUUGUUUCGUUUGUUGAUCGAUAUGAUUUGUUUCGUAUGAAUCACGUCGAGGAAAACCCAUGGCCAAAGUCUAACGUCCAUGAUAUAAUUAAUAUUAGCUUUAGCCGUGUAUUUUUCUUUUCUCGCUAUUGCAUCAAUCGAUGUUGAGACUAUUACAGAAGUUUUAUCGCCGCGAAUAUAAAUAUCAAGGAACUUCUUAUGAAAAUCGAUGAGAUUUUUCAUCACUGCCAAAGAUACGACUACUAAUAAGAUAGUAGUUACUAUAUAGCUAUCAACGAAGUUAUAUACGUUAUUAAAUCUCCUUGUCUUCUCUCUUAUGCCUGCUUGCCAUUUUAUAUAUAUAUAUAUAUAUAUAUAUAUAUAUAUAUAUAUGUA